UCAUCGUUCGUCUUUCUAUCUCUCAUUCACCUACCUACAAAGUAUCAAGUGUCACCAAAGUCGGCACCAAAUCUUGAAAUGGAAACAGACUUAGCGCAGCACCACUACCGAGGUACCAGCAUCGGGCUGUCGCUCAUCGAAACUUUGGACGACCUGAUAAGGGAUCAGCGCAUCACGCCACAGCUGUCAUACAAGGUGCUAGCAGCCUUCGACAAGGAAAUUGUAAGAACGCUCAAGAGGCGCAUCCAGAAGCGCAUGACUUUCAAAGCUCAAUGUCGAACUUAUGGCUUCUACGAUGACAAAUGGAAGUUCGAGCUCAAGGAUGUCAAAUAUAGGUUGGACAGCGGAAAACCUAUGGAAAGCGCAAGGCUGAGCAUCUCCGCUAUUUCAUCAGGAGCGGACCAGGGAAAGCAGCGAAAGGCGAAGAAGAAACAAAAGGAGCCAACGGAUUAAGGAUUACGGGAGGCCUACGUUGAGACUGUAAUCGCCUUGCUGCCGACUUCAUUUGCCGCGACAAAUUAUUCUGGGUCCGUAUGGUCUUAAGAGGCACUUUGGAUCGCGGUAUGGAGAGUAAACUGGAAGAGACGAAUUGAAAAUUGGGACUCCAAAAUAGAAGGUUCCACCGGAAUGCAUAUGCGCGACUUGCCAUUUAAAGUGAGCAUAUCAGCUCGUGGAACGUUCCCAAGAGCCGGGGCGGUUGAAGUUUUAGUUUCAGCGGGUUGGUGUUGCUUGCGCUAGCCUUUAUGCGCAAGAGUAGAAUAAGGCAUGACAUACCAGUAGAAAC